GCUGAAAACCUAGGGGGUGUUUUGUUAUUUACCCGAUCGUGCAGUAUCACUAUCAUCACAACUCCGUCGUGGUUGCUGAAUUUCUUGAUAAAGAUAAGCAGCGAUCAAAUUGAAGAGUGAAGAGUGUAGGUAUAAUGGGGGAAGAACAAGAUCCACAGAAGAUGAAGAAGAUAGCGGCGGCGGCCUAUGACUACGAAAACGACCCUAAAUGGGCCGAUUAUUGGUCGAAUAUUCUCAUCCCUCCUCAUAUGGCUUCUCGCUCCGAUGUUAUCACCCACUACAAACGCAAAUUCUAUCAGCGUUACAUUGACCCUGAUUUUGUAGUGGAACCGAUGACAAUCCAAAAUACUUCUCAGCCUACAAGAUCAUCACCUCCACCACCAUCAUCAUCUACAAGAGAACGCAGGCCAUCUCAGAACUCAGGAUCAACUACACAAGCAACAGGAGCAUCGACUAUGAAUUCAACUCCAUUGCGUUGGGAUAGACAAACAAUACAAUUUUCUGUCAAUGCUUGGGUGAUUGCAGUGGCUGUGCUUGCUAUGCUCCCAUUCAUACCUGCAAGUCUUUCUAAUAGGGCAUAUCGCCUCUCAUUUAUGGGCACUCUAUGUUCAUCUUUGUAUUCCCUCUACUCUCUAUAUGGGAAACCAAGGGCAUGGAAUUUGCAGGCAGUCCAAGUGUGGCUUCAGUCAGUAAUUGCAACCAAAGAUUUUAUCUACUUCAUUUACUGCCUCACCUUUGUCUCCUCAAAUCUUCAACUUAAAUUUGCUUUGCUUCCCAUCUUAUGUCGUGCCUUAGAACAUUCUGCAAAAUUCCUCAGACAUAAUUUCAGUCAAGCACCCUUGUACAGGAAGUACUUGGAAGAUGCUUGUGUUUGGGCAGAAUCAAACACCACAACACUUAGCAUAUUGUCUUCACAAGCUGAGAUUGGAAUCGGAUUCCUUUUGAUUAUCUCUCUUUUAUCGUGGCAGCGUAACAUUAUACAAACUUUUAUGUAUUGGCAGCUGUUGAAGCUGAUGUAUCAUGCACCUGUGACUGCUGGUUACCAUCAAAGUGUGUGGGCUAAAGUUGGGAAGACAGCCACUCCUCUCAUCCAUAAAUAUGCUCCAUUUUUAUACACUCCCUUAUCUACAAUACAAAAAUGGUGGUUUAGGCAAUGAUCAUCACUAAAGGAAACAUUGGAGAAGAGUAGAAUAAGAUUUUUCAUCAAGGAUUUUUUGAGACAAAGAUCCGAAUCUUGUUAGUUUAACCUAACCUGGAUCGUGUUUUUGAUUUGUAUGUUGGUGAUUUUGCAAUUUGGAUCUAUUUGUUUGAGUAGGAGAUGGUAUCUUGUUGAUUCUCUUGAAUUUUUGGAUUAUGGUGUUUUUGUGCUGUAAUGAAAGGUAUGUUAAGAAA